AUGCCAGCUUCUCUAAGAAAACUGCAGCAAAUGGCUGUUUUCAUGGGACUGUUCAGUGGCGGGGGAUGCCUCGUGAUGUAUAAUCUUAUGCAAAAGGCCUUUGCCAGGACCCAGUAUUACCAGCAGGCUUUGGAGCAAUUGAACAGCAAUCCCGACGCCCUGGAAGCCCUGGGUGCCCCCCCCCUUAAGGUUCACAAUAUCCGACUGACGGAUGGGAAUAACCGGGUGGACACAGAACGAGCACAGAUAAAGUUACCGGUAUCUGGAACAAAAUCAGCAGGGUACCUCUACAUUAACUCAGAGAUGGACCACUCCCGUCAAUGGUGCGUACUGGGAGAAACAUACAGGUGCACGGAGAGAAGUG